CCAACCAUGUCCUUCGCCAUGCUGCGCUCGGCGCCCAGCCGCUACCUGUACCCCGAGAUCAGCAUGCUGUCGGAGGACGAGGAGAACGGCAGCGAGAGCUCGGGCUCGGACGAGAAGCCCUUCCACCUGGACGCCGAGGGCUACGCGGCGCUGAAGGCGGCGGGCAAGCGGCGCGGGGCCAAGAAGGCGGCGGCGGCGGCGGCGGCGAGGCUGUCGCGGGAGCCCCGGCAGCGGCACACGGCGAACGCGCGGGAGCGAGACCGCACCAACAGCGUCAACACCGCCUUCACCGCCCUGCGGACCCUCAUCCCCACCGAGCCGGCCGACAGGAAGCUCUCCAAGAUCGAGACCCUGCGCCUGGCCUCCAGCUACAUCUCCCACCUGGGCAACGUGCUGCUGGUGGGCGAGGCGUGCGGCGACGGGCAGCCGUGCCACACCACGCCCGCCUUCUUCCCGCACGCCGGAGGAGGAGGAGGAGGAGGAGGAGGCGGCGGGAGCCCCCCGGCGCGGGACCCCGACAGCUCUCAGCCCAAACAGAUCUGCACUUUCUGCCUCAGCAACCAGAGGAAGCUGGUGAGUGGGGGUG